GGUAACAAAGUGAAUUAAAAAUCCCAGUAAAAUCAUAACCUCCCAGUGUAGUGGCUCCGACGGCAGCAGAGGGCUAAGCUCCCCAAAAGCUCCCUGAAAGCUCAGUUCGCUCUCUCUCUCUCUCGUUUUUUUUCGUUUUUCUUUCUCAGCUACAGGUGGAACCAAGUCUCGACGAAAGAUCUUUCGGCGCUGGACCCGGUAACAUAUGUACAUAUGAUCAUCGAUGAAGACCAUCCAACAACCUCCAGCCUACCUCCAUGGGACGAAAGGCCAUGGAACAAAGACCUGCCCGUAACAUUCACAAGAUGGGUUGAAGUGCAUGGUCAUGCGUCCAGUUUUUCAAGUUGCAGUUCUUCCAGCGAUAGCGAACUAGAAUUAGGAUUCGUAAGAUGCAAACAAUGCAAGAAAAAAAUGAUUAAAAAAUCCUUACUAAGACAUAAACAGUAUAGCUGUGCAUUUGGACCAAAGACAACAGAUUUCGAAUGCCCGCUCUGUCCAUAUAAGAGCGCUAAGAAAGUGAAUCUGAAGAUGCAUCUUCAGAGCGUCCAUGAUCAAAAAAUAAAGAAACUCAAACGCCGCAUCUUUGCCCCAGGAGCCCCUAAACCACCAUUGAAAGCCUAUGUGCGGUUCACAAACGAAAGACGGAAGGAACUGAAACGCGACUGCCUGCAAACCUGGCUGCAACUUUCGAAAAUUCACCGCGAAAAAUUCAUUUAUGAUAAAUGGCAUCAGCUUUCGAAAGAGUGCAAGGUUCCGUACAUAGAAGCGGCCGCCAAAGGCCAAGCUAUAUACAAAAAGAAGUUGCGCCGAUUUUUAAGGCAGAAUCCAAACAUUCUGGAAGAAGAGUUGGCGAAGCUUAAGAAGAAACAAACGAAAAGAAAGGCCGUCUCCAGCUCCAGCAGCGAUUUGACUGAUGAUGACGACCCACAUGACCUUGUCCCGCUAUCCAAGGUUAUCCGAUUAGAUGAUCCCCACCGGGCCAAUGGAAGCUCUGCUGCUGUCAAAAAUAAGGAGCCAGUCGCGUCUACAAGCAAAAGUCUGUCCACUGAGAGUGUUCCCCUGCCUCUCAAUACGCGCCGCACGUCGGUCCGCGCCCAGGCUAAUAUCAUGGACUACGAAAGCGGAGACGAAACGGAUAUUCGAGAACUAUAUUGAAAUGAAAUGU